UCCGGUGGAGACCUUCCAGGAAGACAUGCAAGAGAAAAACUGCAAGCAAUAGAGGAAUUAGGCACUGUGUAGUUGCAUUGUGCCUGGGAUAUUUUCGCCACCGGUGCGGCUAAGGGGAGAGAGUUGUACAGGAUGAAGAAUAGCAGGAAAACGGAGAGCAAAGUUUCAGAAAUCCAGGUGGAGAACAGGGAUGAGAAGAGAUUGAUAGAAGCAGGUGUCCAGGAUGAGGGGCGGGCGGGGAAGGCCCCCACACUCUGCUUUAAGAGAAGAAAGAAACCAAGGCAGGUGCAGGGCCCACCUGCGGGCUCGGAGGAGGCUGUGGCUGGGGCCGGCAAAGGGGCCCAGGCCACGGGAGCCUCCACCCGGACUCCGCAGCCGGCAGGGGCUUGGGCCUCCUUCAAACGGCUGGUGACGCGCAGGAAAAGACCAGAUUCAUCGCCCCAGGCCCUGAAGGCUGAGGUGCAGCCUGCAGCCAACGCGGAGGGUGCCCAGCUCCAGAAGAAAAAGGCCAAAGCCAGGCUCAAGAUGCCAUGCAUCAACUUCCCAAGAGGGACCCAAAGGGGCCGUGCUUCCAGAGUCGCUGAGGGCUCCGACAGAGCCCAGGGCGAGACAGAAGGCCUGGGGACCCAGACUGCAACCCAGGCCCAGUCCAAUGACCAGGCACCACAGGCCCGGCUGGCCCAGGAACCCACGGAAGACUUUUCACAUGAGUCCCGCGUGAGUGACCAGGCGACUUCUGGGGAACAAGUGAUCGCAGUGGAACUGGGGUCAGGUGACGGGCAUCCUUUGGUUGCCACAGCCGCACUGGUCCUUGAGAGGAACAUUGAGACGACUCAGGAGGCACAAGAUAGCUGCCUCCAGCCGGCAGGCCCACUUGAGAGCCCAGAAGUGGAGUGUCAAGGGCCGGGAGCCCCAGAGACUCACCCCAGGGAUGGGGCUGAAACCACGGGCGCCCUCGAGAGCCGACCAUCCCCCAAGAUCCCCGAGCCUCACCUCAGGGAAGAAGCUGCUGCUGAUGGCAUCCCAAAGAGCCGACCGACACCGGUGAUCUCCGGGGCAGAAGCCACUACCGCGGGAGUCCCCGAGAGCCGACCAUCACCCGAGGUCUCUGAGCCACACCCCAGACCCCUGGAGAGUGGAUCAUCACCUGAGGUCUCCGAGCUGCACCCUGGGCUCCUGGAGAGCCAACCAUCACCCGAGGUCCCCGGUCCCCCUGAGAGCCAACCAUCACCCGAGGUCCCCAAGCCGCACCCCGGUCCCCCUGAGAGCCGACCAUCACCCGAGGUCUCCGAGCUGCACCCUGAGCCCCCAGAGAGCCGACCAUCACCUGAAGUCCCUGAGCCGCACCCUGAACCCCCAGAGAGCCAACCGACACCCAUAGUCCCCGGAGCCGAAGCAGCCACUGAUGGAUCUCUCAAGAGCCAAGAGAGCCAACUGGAUAGGAAAAAUGGCAGCGAGAGCCAAAAGGAGGUGCCUGAAGACAGGGCACAGCCAGAAGCUACGGCAUCCAGCCAGGAAUUGGAUGGGAACGGAAGCGGCACCAAGAUUGGGAAAGCCAAACUCGAAGAUGGCCGAAGGAUGGAGCCCAUUGCCAUCAUCAUUACGGACACUGAGAUCAGUGAAUUUGAUGCCGAGAGGGCGACCAAUGUCCCCAAGCCUUUUUUGAUGUCAGUGGACGAAGAGGCUGCUGAUGGUGCGGUGGAAGGGAGAACUUCGGAGCAAUACGAGUCACUCUUGAUGGAAACAGCCUCUUCACUUGUCAAGAACGCCAUCCAGCUGUCGGUAGAACAGCUGGUUAAUGAAAUGGCCGCCGAUGACAAUAAAAUCAACAGUCCCCUGCAGUGACUCCAAAUCCUGGGAAUGGCAGGGAGGAGCCCAAAGGCAGACUGUGACACCAUUUGGGGUAUUUGUUGUUCAGGACCCCUUGAGAGGUUUAUAAAACUCCCUUUAGGGGAUGGUAAAAUGGCUCAACUAACUGCUCCUCUUCCUGCAAGCACCAGGGUCCCAUAUGGGCACAGGUUGUA